AUGAGUCUAUACAUGAAUAAGAGGCAACACGAGAGAGGACGAGAGUGUCUUUCGGAUGCAAUUUCUGCGUUUGUGUGGAAAAAGCUCAAUCGAUCGGAUAGGUCGACACUCACAAGCCUGGACUCGAACUUUACCGGAUCUAAAAGAAGCUGGGAAAUUCUGAUAGACAUCUGCAGGCAGUCACAGUUGAGAAAGCGAUUUGUGACUACACUCUCUAUGACCCAGGUCAACUCCCUUCGCCUCCUUUUCCUAAGCAAAUCAAAUAUCGUCGGCCGUCCGUGUGUUUCACCAGCCCCUGGGCUAGUACUCGAGCGGCUUUCCCAUAGUGAAAUGGGAUUAAUCGAAGCGGACGCUCACAAACUGCGAUCAGCCCGGCAUUAUUCUGCUGAAGCCGUAGCCUAUAUUCGUCUCCUUGACGAUUGUCUAAAGGCCGCCGGUUUGGAUGCGUUCUGUCACAACGGAGCUGUAUUAAAGGAAUACCUGAACCUUGAGCGAUAUGUACGAUCUGACUCCGAUACAGGCCCUCUAGGCAUCACCCUAGAGCCUGGCGAUUGGCUAAGCGUCGAGGCACGAAGGGGCAUGCCUCUAUACCUCUGGGACGCAGUCGAUGGAAAAACAGUUAAAACGGAGUCUCUUGACAGACCGCGAUAUGUCGUCGUCAGUCACACGUGGGGUAGAUGGAAACUAAAGAGCCGUGAAGCAGAUAUGAGACCUCAAGUACCAUGGCUCGUCCCUGAAAACACCCUCUUUCCGGUGCGCGACCUACCUUCCGGGCUCAAAAAGUUGUCCAGUCGGCUUUUAGUUCGAUACGUUUGGUUGGACCUCCUUUGUAUCCCACAGGAUCGCUCCCCAGAGGCAGAAUCCGAGUUAUCCCGACAGGCAGCAAUAUUUGGUGGUGCCGUUACUGCUGUUGUUUGGCUAAAUACAACUAGUUCAUGGGACCUUCUCCAGGAUACUGUAAUGUGGCUUGCCCUAGACACUAUGCAGGAAAAGCUAAAAUAUAUGCUGGAAGGGCUAAGAUUCCCGCUAUCAGGUAUACAUGAAAGACAACAUCGAAUGAAAUAUCAACUUCCAAAGGCUGCCUUUCAAGAGAAGGUUGAAGGACUAAGGGCCGCGUUGAAAUCGAAAGAGAAUUCUAGGAGAGGUAUCCCGAUUGACGAUCCCGGAUAUGUACCACUAAAUUGGUUCACCUCACUGUGGACAUUACAGGAAGUUUACCUUCGCCCUGAUAUGAUUCUAGCAAACAAGGACUGGGAUAUCUUUACCAUCUAUGGCAAAAAUCCAGUAUCUCUUGAGACCUUACGAUAUAUUAACGUGGAUUCCAAUGCCCGUUAUACCCCUUCCAUGCCGGGUUCGGUGCUUUGGCUCUAUGGGCUCCUUAUAACGGUCCCUAACUUUGAUGUUAAGCGCUGCCCGCUCGGUAUUCUUAAUGAGGGAGGCAUUCGCCAGUGCACAAAAAAUCGGUCCGAGGCUAUUAUGUCUGCGGUCGGGUGUGUCAAGUGGCACCGAAAGGCCGCUAUGUCCGGUCAAUCGCGUAGGAAUGAGGAGGAGACAGAGCCACUCGUCCUUGGGCAAUACGUGUAUGAAUUUCUCGAUGAAGUUCUGGAAAAAUAUGGGUUUAUCUUUUUUGGCUUCCGGUAUACCGCUCAUUGCCAAUUAGUCGGCGUGUUGGAGUCCGGGAAGCCUAUGGGAACAAUUCUCCCAUUCGAGACGGCAGAUCGCUUUGUAUCUACUCCGGGCAAGGAAAUAUGGCAUCCAGACUUAGACUCUAUCCCACACCCAUCAGUCGCCAGCUGGAAACUUCUUCGAGACGGGAGUGUUAAGAUUGAUCAAGUUGGUAUAUGGUGUCAAACCCCACUUGGCGGAGCCUAUACGGGUAUAAAAGAUUCCUACAAUCCUGAUUGUUAUAAGACUGAGAUCGUUGCCGCAGUCCCGGAUUGGCGCACAAGGCCUCCCACGGAGAAGUAUCGGGUAAAAAGAGCCAAAAAGUAUCUUCACGAAUGGAUGAUGGAGACUUGGACUGAUGCCUCUAAAUAUGCUGUUAUAUUAUCAGCUAGCCCUCAACGUGCUCGUGGUUUUAUUUUCCUUGAGGUAGGAGUUGAUACCAAAACAUCAGCGAUAAUUUUAGCGAAAUUAGGGGAUUUUUUUCUUGAUCAUUCGAAAACAGAGAUAAAAACAACUAAAGUGAAUUGGAUAAUUUAUUAA